AUGCUUCUUCCAAUACCUGUUACCAACUUUGAGCUAAUGACAGCCCGUUCUGCGGAAGCACCCACGAGAGCGAAAUCUUGUAAGAGACAGCUGAAGGACCCUCAGCGGAAGUCCGUCUAUGGAGGUCAAGUGCCUCGAGCCUCCGCAGCAUCAUUUACUGAACCCUGUUCUGAAGAAGGGCUGAACAAUUCGACAUAUACAUGCCUAGGAUACAAUGGAAUCGAAGAAAAGGGAUCUUUAGUCAAGGAUGAGACGACCGACACUUACACAGAAAGGAAUACAUACGUUCAAGGAAUACUUGAUGGAAGGUCCGAAACUUCCCUAGUAAAUGGCUUGGAGGAAAGAAUACGUCAUCUGGAUAUUACCUUUGAGGAUCAACCCGUGGAAGCCGAUAUCGAAGAAGCAUAUAUACAGGGAGAAGCCUUGACACCACCCGAAAUCAAGUUUUCCGAAGACGGUGAUAUGGACGACGAUUACUGGGCUUGGCACCAGGAGUCUGAAAGAUUCCGACACUGGGAUGCGGAACGUGGAGAAUGGUUCUACUUUCCCGAGAGAUUUGAUUGA